AGUAUCCCAAACGUGACCGAGGUCAGCACCGGGUCAGAGGCCGUGCAGCAGGUGAACUUGUUCGAGGGCAACCGGACGCCCCUGCGCGUGUACCGCUGGGCCAUGCGGGUGAGCGAGGCCAUCGGGCGGGCCAUGUGGACCAACGCCGAGAUCAAGGCGCUCUGGCGCAGGAGGAAGGACUUCGACGCCAUUGUGGUCAUCGGCUAUGCAAAUGAGGUCGCCUACCCCUUCCUGCUCGACUUCGAGGGCCUCCACGUGAACCUGUGCACGCCGGGCGUCGAGUACCUGCAGAUGGCGCAGCUGGGGAACCGCCUGCCGCUGUCCGUCGUGCCCGCCAUCUUCCUGCCCUUCGACGAGAAUAUGAGCUUCUUCGAAAGGCUGGUGAACCCUCUGGCGCAGCUCCUCAACCACUACAUGUACACGUUGACGGUGCUUCCGACGGCACAGCGAUCGUCGGAGUUCUUCCCCGGAUUGCCGCCCUUGGAGGAGCUCUACCAGGCAGCCAAAUGACCCUUAUCAACGGCCACUUCGCCGGCUCGACACCCGUGCCAC